AUGGGACAGUCCAUCACCACCCCUUUGAGUUUGACUUUGCAGCACUGGCGGGAUGUCCAAGCCACCGCGAAAAAUCAGUCCGUGGACAUCCGCAAGAUGCGAUGGGUUACAUUCUGUACAUCGGAAUGGCCCGCCUUCAACGUUGGAUGGCCGCGGGACGGGACUUUUGACCUUAACAAAAAGAAACCGCCAGAGUCUAAGACAAAGCCAGGCCCACGGGUUUUGCCUCCAGGAGACGAUCUCCUGAUGGACCUGCUCACAGAAGAGCCACCUCCAUACCAGGACUCUGGCGAGGCGGAAUCGGCAGGCCCCCCAGAGGACGAAGAAACUGGAGAGGGCUCUGACCUCUACAACUGGAAAAAUAAUAACCCCCCCUUCUCUAAAGAUCCCUCCAUGAUAACUUCUUUGAUUGAGUCUAUUCUAGUCACCCAUCAGCCCACCUGGGAUGAUAGCCAGCAACUCCUGCAGGCGCUUCUAACGACAGAAGAGAAGCAGAGAGUCCUCCUAGAGGCAUGAAAGAAUGUCAGGGGGGCUAAUGGCCGCCCUACUCAGCUACCUAAUGGAAUUGAUGUGGCGUUUCCCCUAGAACGUCCGGAUUGGGAUUUCACUAUGGACGAAGGUAGGAACCACCUAAUCCUCUAUCGUCAGUUGCUCAUAGUUGGUCUCCAUGGGGCUGCUAGGCGCCCAACCAAUUUGGCUCAGGUAAAGCAGAUUAUCCAGGGCUCCGAGGAAACCCCUUCCGCCUUUCUAGAACAACUUAAGGAAGCUUACCGCAUUUAUACUCCUUAUGAUCCAGAGGAUCCAGGGCUAGAAACAAAUGUUUCCAUGUCCUUUAUUUGGCAGUCAGCUCCAGACAUUAAGAGAAAAUUGGAACGAUUAGAUAACCUGAAGGAGAGUUCACUCCAGGAUUUAUUGAAAGAGGCAGAGAGGAUUUUUAACAAGAGAGAGACACAAGAGGAGAGGGAUGAACAGCUUAGAAAGGAAGCCGAGGAGAGAGACGAAAGACUAAGAAAGGAAGCUGAGGAGAGAGAAAAUAUAAGAGACCGUAAGAGGAAUAGAGAGAUUAGCAAGCUUUUGGCCACUGUAGUUUCAGGACAGAGGCAGGAUAGACGGGGGAACAGAAGGGGCCCCCCCGUGGACAAGGAUCAAUGCGCCUACUGCAAGGAAAAAGGACAUUGGGUCAAAGAUUGCCCCAAGAGACCCAGGGGACCUCGAAAACCGAGACCCCAAACCUCCCUUUUGACCUUGGAUGACUAGGGAGGUCGGGGUCAGGAGCCCCCCCCUGAGCCCAGGAUAACCCUUAAUGUCGGGGGGCAGCCAGUCACCUUCUUAAUAGACACCGGGGCUCAGCAUUCUGUGCUGACCCAGAACCCCGGGCCCCUGAGCGACAAGUCUGCUUGGGUCCAAGGAGCUACCGGUGGAAAGAGGUACCGAUGGACAACUGACUGCAAAGUUCAUCUGGCUACUGGUAAGGUGACUCACUCUUUUCUUCAUGUCCCUGACUGCCCACACCCACUAUUAGGAAGAGACUUGCUCACAAAAUUAAAAGCCCAAAUACACUUUGAAAAUUCGGGAGUGCAGAUCACCGGGCCCCAAGGGCAGCCCCUGCACGUGCUGACCCUAAAUUUGGAAGAUGAAUACCGGUUCCACGAACCACCCACAGAACCUGAUCCCUUAACAGAGACCUCUUGGCUGACAGAAUUCCCUCAAGCAUGGGCAGAGACUGGGGGUAUGGGACUGGCCAAACAACAAGCCCCCCUAGUUAUAUCUUUAAAGGCUACAGCCACCCCCAUUUCGAUCAAACAAUAUCCCACGUCACAUGAAGUCAGAGAAGGAAUUAGACCUCACAUACGGAGACUCUUGGACCAGGGAAUAUUGGUACCUUGCCAGUCCCCCUGGAAUACUCCCUUAUUGCCUGUCAAAAAACCUGGAACGGGGGAUUACAGGCCAGUCCAAGACCUAAGGGAAGUCAACAAGCGGGUGGAGGACUUACACCCCACAGUGCCUAACCCCUAUAAUUUGUUGAGCGGACUCUCCCCGACCUAUAACUGGUAUACAGUAUUGGAUUAAAAAGAUGUAUUCUUCUGUCUUAGACUUCACCCUAGAAGUCAGCCUAUAUUUGCCUUCGAAUGGAAGGACCCUGACUUGGGGAUUUCGGGAUAGUUAACUUGGACUAGGCUUCCACAAGGGUACAAAAAUAGCCCCACCCUGUUCGAUGAAGCAUUACAUAGAGAUCUGGCUGACUUUAGGCCCCAGCAUCCAACACUGAUGCUGCUUCAAUAUGUGGACGAUCUCCUACUGGCGGCCACUUCAGAACAGGAAUGCAGGGAGGGAACCAAGGCCUUGUUACAGGCCCUGGGGGACCUUGGCUACUGAGCCUCAGCUAAAAAGGCUUAAAUAUGUCAAAAGCAGGUUACUUACCUGGGGUACUCGAUCAAAGAAGGACAGAGAUGGCUAACAAAGGACAGAAAAGAGACAGUCAUGAGAAUGCCUGUGCCUCGGACCCCUCGACAACUGAGGGAAUUUCUAGGGACGGCAGGAUUCUGUCGCCUCUGGAUCCCGGGGUUUGCUGAGAUAGCAGCCCCCUUGUACCCUCUUACUAAACCAGGGACUCUAUUUGAUUGGGGCAAGGACCAACAGGAGGCAUAUCAGAAAAUAAAACAGGCCCUGCUAACAGCCCCUGCGUUGGGGCUCCCAGACCUGACCAAGCCAUUUGAACUAUUCAUAGAUGAGAAGCAGGGUUACGCCAAAGGGGUCCUAAUGCAGAAGCUAGGACCUUGGCGACGCCCUGUGGCCUACCUAUCAAAGAAGUUAGACCCGGUGGCCUCCGGAUGGCCCCCUUGCCUCAGAAUGGUACCUGCAAUAGCAGUCCUGACAAAAGACGCGGGCAAAUUGACUCUGGGGCAGCCAUUGUCUAUUUUGGCCCCUCAUGCGGUGGAGGCCUUGGUCAAGCAACCCCCUGACCGCUGGCUUUCCAACGCUCGCAUGACCCACUAUCAGGCCAUGCUUCUGGACACUGACCGAGUCCAUUUCGGACCUGUGGUAGCCCUGAACCCUGCAACCUUGCUCCCUCUGCCAGAGGGGGAGACAGAGCAUGAUUGCCUCGAGAUCCUUGCGGAAAUGCACGGGACCAGACCGGACCUGACGGAUCACCCUCUUAAAGACGCCGACUUCACCUGGUAUACGGACGGGAGCAGUUUCCUAAAGGAUGGAGAACGAAAGGCUGGGGCAGCGGUAACCACUGAGACCGAGGUAAUCUGGGCAAAAGCCCUUCCAGCAGGGACCUCCGCUCAACGGGCCGAACUCAUCGCCCUCACACAAGCACUUAGGAUGGCAGAAGGUAAGAAGCUUAACGUCUAUACUGAUAGUCGGUACGCUUUUGCCACUGCCCACAUCCACGGGGAAAUCUACCGAAGGCGAGGACUGCUAACUUCUGAGGGCAAAGAAAUCAAAAACAAGCUUGAGAUUCUAGCCCUACUCAAGGCUCUGUUCUUGCCUCAAAAAUUAAGCAUUAUGCAUUGCCCAGGUCACCAGAAGGGAAAUACCCCAGAAGCCAGGGGCAAUCGCUUGGCAGACGAAACAGCUAAGCGAGUGGCCCAAGAGACCGCCUCGAUGGCUUUCCCCAUACAACAAGGGACAGAAAGGGCACGGGACCCCCUCAAAUAUGAUAAAAGAGAUCUGGAACUUCUAACUCGCCUGGGGGCCUCCCAUGACCCAGACACUGGCAAAUGGACCUGGCAAGGAAAGACUGUGAUGUCCAUGGCAUAUACCCAUGAGAUGCUUAAUUACUUGCAUAAACUGACCCACCUCAGUCUCCGAAAGAUGAAAACCUUGUUGGACUGGGAAGAAAGCCACUUCCACUUGCUGGGCAGAGACAGCAUUUUGCAGGAAAUUGUAAACAAAUGCCGAGCCCAAGUUAAUGCAGGAAAAACCCGGCUAGGACGGGGAGUGUGGGUACGAGGGCAUCGUCCUGGAACCCACUGGGAGAUUGACUUUACUGAAGUCAAACCAGGAUUAUAUGGAUACAAAUAUCUGUUGGUAUUUGUUGACACUUUUUCUGGAUGGGUGGAAGCCUUCCCAGCCAAGCAUGAAACGGCAAAAAUUGUGACCAAAAAGCUGCUGGAAGAAAUCUUCCCCAGGUAUGGCAUGCCCCAAGUGCUGGGCACUGAUCAUGGGCCCGCCAUUGUCUCCCAGGCACUCCAGAUCGUGCAGAGAGAGGUCUGGAAGCCACUUGCUGCAGCCUAUAAGGAACAAUUGGACAGACCAGCGGUACCUCACAGCUACCAGAUUGGCAAUACAGUGUGGGUCCGCAGACAUCAGACUAAAAAUUUGGAACCCCGCUGGAAAGGACCCUACACCGUGCUACUAACCACUCCAACGGUACUGAAAGUUGACGGCAUCGCGGCCUGGGUCCACGCCUCCCACGUGAAAGCAGCUCGUACGGAAGGAGAUACAGCAGAACCACUAUGGAGGGUCCAGCGCUCUCAAAACCCUCUAAAGAUAAGACUUACCCGGGGGCCCCAUUGA